AACAAUUUCCUUCAUUUCCAAAAACCCUUAAACCCCACACCAGACAGUAACCAUUUCCUUUCCACACAACAAUGUCGAACAUUCCCCCUGAACUAAUCAGUGACAUAUUUUCUCUACUUCCAGUGAAGUCACUGUUGAGAUUCAGGUGCUUAUCAAAAUCAUUCAAAGCCCUUAUUGACAGCCCAAAAUUCAUCCAAUCUCACCUCAAACAUCAAUCUCUUAAACCCAACUCAGAUAUGAAGCUUAUUCUCAAGUCUCACAAUCUUUUCUCGCUUGACUUCACUUCAAUCUGUAACAAAGACUCAACCCAACAACCAAAAGAGCUUCAACACCCGUUAAAACAUCUCAAUGGCCCAACACAUGUACUAGGUUCUUGUCGUGGUUUGCUUUUGAUAUCUAACAACUUGAAUGACAAUGGUGUUUGGAAUCUGUAUACUAAGAUGUUUCGAAAAUUGCCUGUUUGUGAUAUUAACCCUUCAAGAAGAACUCCAUGUGGACAAGGUCCUGGUUUGGCCCAAAUUUGCGGUGGUUUUGGGUAUGAUGAUUCUACUGAUGAUUAUAAGGCGGUUAAAAUAGAUCAAUGGUACCACCCUGAUGAUGAACCUUCGUUAGUUUCUGCGACGAUGGUUUAUAGUUUGAAGUUGGGUGUGUGGAAGAAUGUUCAGGAUUGUCCUUAUUGGUUGAUUAAGGAAGAUAAUGGCACGUUUGUUGGAGGUGCGUUGAACUGGAUUGCUACUGAGGAACCCUUAGUGAGGGGGAGUCCCGUGAUUCUUGUUGGUCUUAAUCUUGUAAGUGAGAGGUUUGAGGAGGUGUUGUUUCCUGAGAAUUUGGGCAAGCCGUUGAAAUCGAAUUUGGCUGAAUUGGGAGAAUGUAUUUGUUUGGUUUUAGGUUACGUCACUAAUGCAAGGAAUUACGUGUUAGAUCAUGUUGACGUAUGGGUGAUGAAGGAGUAUGGAGUGAAAGAGUCUUGGGUAAAGUUGUUUUCAGUUGAGCAGUUAGAGGGUCGUCAACAUUUCAGUUAUCUAAGGCCAAUAGCAUAUUCAGUGAGUACUGGUAGUGAUGAAGUUCUUCUGGAAAUGGAUAACAAAAAGUUCCUAUGGUAUAAUCUUGAAAAGAAGGCAAUCAAACAUGCUAGGAUUAGUGGCGGUUUUGACUAUUUCGAAUCCUUUGUCAGCUUGGGAAGCCUUGUCCCCUUAUAUGGGAAUGGAUAUGAAAAGAUUGAACUUUAAAGCAACUAGAGAGAUGUUUAAAUUGAGAGUAUAGAGGUACCUAAUCCAGCAGCUGGAUAAUCCGAUGUGUUAGCAGUCCUUGGUGGUCUCCCAAUAGUGUACAGUAGUAAUUAUUUACAGUAGUAAUUAUUUACAGCAGUAGUAAUUUACAGUAGUAGUUAUUUGCAGUUAUUAUUUCUUUGUAGUAGUUAUCUGCAGUUUCUUUUGUUGUAGUUAUCUGCACUUUCUUAUUCUAGUAAUGUUAGGAAAACAUGUCCUAGUUAUUAGGGGUCGUUAUCUUAUCAGCUGUAUUUAAACUCUAUGUUUAUUCAAUGAAGUUAGGCAGAAAAUUAUUCUAGUUUUUGAGUACUUAAAACUCAAGAGAUCGCAGGUUCUCUCCUAACGAACCAGCAUCAUAGGUCGGAAAAAGAAAUCAUCUUCUCUUAAUUCUCUCUACGUUAACUCUGAUUCUGUCUUACAUCGUCUCUUAACUCGAUCCAUAGCCGGGGACUGUAACACGAUGGUUUCUCAAUCUACAGGGAGCAAAAUCAACUAGCAGAUAGGUUAGCACUCAAGCAGCUCGAACUAAUGUUGGGACUGCCACUUCUUUUUGGGAUCCCCCACCACAUAUUUUGGAUGUUUUGCAUGAUGAUAAAGUGGGGAAACUUCAUCAAACGUAUGGUAUCUAAAGUAUUUAGGACCUCAGCAACUGCCUCAAACAAUGUCAUCUAUUUUGAGUAGAAACAACUCCUGUGUACCUGUAGGAACUAACGCAGUAGGCUCUGUAUCUGUAGCUUCUAAAGUAAUAGCAGUAAGUAGUACUAUAGUGUCGCAGACAUAUGCUCCCUUGUAGUUUGUAUUUUCCUAUAUAUAAUUUCAUCUUUCUUUCCCAAAAGAAGGAACUGUUACAGUGUUCAAUUCCAGCAGCUAUAAUAAAGCCUGAGAAAUAGAUAAUGGAAUAUGGCUUUUUCUAUUCGAAGAACAGAAAAAGUACGGAAUAGAAAUUUUUGCUUAUCAAAUGAAUGAAUAUUAUUUCUGAUGAUAUUAGGAAUAGAAUUUUAAUGUGUAAAGAUUAUUAAAUGAAAGACAGCAGGAAGGUUACACGGUACCAUUUUAAUCAUUAAAUUCUAAACAUCCUGGAAUGUUAUAAGCUGCUAUACACCAGGAAGAUUACUACCAUUUUAAAUCUUCCAUUUCAUCUGCUUCUCAGUCUCUCUUAUGAAUAGGUUCAUCUUAUCUAUAGUCUGGUAGCGUCAAGAAUAUGUCACACAAACCGGCUUAACAUGAGAGCUUAGCUCAACUAGAAAGACAAUUUUCGUUAAACUAAUUGAUGAUUCCUCAGUAGUUCAGCUUGAUUCUCUUAUCCAGACCUUGAGUAGAUGUAAUUUGGCAACAGUUUUCUGUCUAUUUUUCGCUGUCUUGCUUCACGUUUUCCAACUGCAGGGAGUAUCCGCUUUUUGUUUGGAACUUUUGCUACUGGAAAGGAAGCCCCCUUUAGAUUCUCAGGAUAAUGGUAAUGACUUAUUUUCCACCCCUUCCCUGUAGUCUUUUUCAUUUUUUAGAGUUUCGGAGACUGCUAUAUGAUAGGUCCAAAGGUGAUUUGGAUGAUUUUCAUGUUGCUGCACAGCAUAGAAAUUGAAACAGAUAAUUGCACAAAAUUGUAUUCAUAGACUCAUAGUGUUUAUGGAUCCUUCUUUGAUUAAAGUGAGAAGUUCUGGUAUCUACUUUCUUUUUCUAUGUUUGUAUUGAAGAAACCAAAUGACAACAACUUCAACAUCAAUAAAUGAGCCAGAUAUACUUAUUAUCGUUUCUCUAGAGGAGUGUUUUAUGUUAUAGUAUUAUACAUAUAGCAUGAUAUUUUAUUCCAUUAUAGAAAUAUAGAGCUAGGGCGGCCACUUCAUGGCGUGCCAAUUCCAGUUUUGAACUACCAACAGACUUGUUCCAUAGUUUUCAACUGAGUGGCAGAUCCGACGCGACUAACAGAUAAGGCGAUGUUAACAAGCCAACAAUUAUAUCUAAUCCAUCAAAACAAUUUCUUAUCCUACUACGUUAAAUUGCAAGUGCUAUUAUAUCAUGCUUUCAAUUUAUAGUGCUAAGAUACACAUAUUUCAUGCAUAUUACAGUUUCCAGUCUGAAAUUGUUUACUUACUGUUCCCUAUCUUGAUAACAAGUUGGAUUUGUGGUAUCCAGAAAGCAUAUUAUAUGUCAUUUUUCUUCAACUGGUUAACUUCAGUUCGCUUCCUUAGAUAAACAAAUCUACCUGCAAUUUACCAGAUUUUAUGAUUGCAUUCUUGCCAUUCAUCUCAACUAUUUGAUAUUUUAUCUUUGCUAUUCGCUAUUGUAUUAGCUUCUUCACUUUUACAUUGUUUGGCGAUACAUUAUUUUUCCUUUUUCAGGUGUGAGAAUGAUCGAGAUGUCCUAAAUAAAGUUUUUAGGUAAUUAAAGCAAUAUGUCUUGCUGUUAUAAGAGAGGACAUGCCACUUUUGCUGAAGUUUAUGACCAAGAUGAAAUACCAGAAGCAUUGUUCACCAGUGUCCACUAUAGGCAAUGUGGAGGUGACUUUUGGAAUGUACAUGUUUUAGGUCUUAAAUGUAAAACAUUCCCUCUUCUUUUAAACUCUGAUGUACCUCUAGUGUAGUUUUGUC